AUGGUGCUGCUGGGAAUGUCCAAGAAGUACAUUGGAUAUUUUUUGCUGAUUUGGUUCUAUGGAGCACAUCGCUGUGUUUCAACGAGUUACUUUUGUCGUGCGCCCCUUCUGAAUGGAGGUUAUGUGGUUCCUCAACAAGAUACAUAUUCUCAUGGGACUGUGUUGCCCUAUGCGUGUGAAAAUGGACUCAAGCCAGCAGUGAAUGGCUGGUGGGGGACCACGACAUGCCAAAAUGGUAAAUGGUCCCCUCAACCGCAAUGUAUCGAUGUCAAGAAUUGCAUUCCACCAGCUAUCGCUCAUGCAAAAUUCACUUCAAGCUUGAUGGGUUGGUACGAGAACGACAAAGUAAUUAGGAUAACAUGUGACGCCGGCUACUCGUACAAAGACGAGGAUGGGAUAGCACAGUGUGUCGAUGGAUCAUGGGUCUCUGUACCAAUCUGUGAGCGAAGUAUCCAGGCAUGUGAUGAGCCCCCUAUAAUUCCCCAUGCUGUAAUUAUAAAUCAAGGCCCUCUCCAAGAUGUGUAUGCUUCUGAUACUGAAAUACCGUAUGAAUGUGAAGAUGGAUAUGAUUUAGAGGGAAACAACAAAAAGUCGAUUUUUUGCAUCGGUGGAACCUGGUCAGUCGCUCCGCCCUGCAUCAAACAAGCAAAGCCAACUCCUGGUAGCACUACAACAUCUACUGGAAGUGAAACAAGGCCUGCAGGUGGAGGGAGAAGACCGAGUAGUGGGUCUGGAAGUGGAAACAUUGGGGGAUCGUCAGGCAACACCGGUUCUACUGAUCCACAAAUUACUACAAUUGAUCAAUGUGGAACAACUCCCGUUGUCACCAAUGGGGAGAUUGUGGAAAGGGAUGCAAUGUUUUUGAAAUACCAAUGUGGCAGUUACUACAAACAAUUGGGUCCGGACAAAGUGUUCUGCUACACUAACAGCCAGUGGUCAACAACGCCCACCUGCAAAGCUACCUUCUGUUCCGUAGACACCCACCAAUACCCCCAGUUAAAAUACGAUGGAGUUAAAUAUAUCAAAACUGGUGAGACUGUGAGACUAGAAUGUGUCAAGCUGAGCCACUGGCUAACGGAUCAUUAUUCAGUGGUGCAGUGCAACAAUGGAAGACUAAAGCUAGGCCAAUGUUGUAAUUGGUGGGAACUGAAAUUUGUAAGUGACACUUUUGUUUUCAAUGUUAGUUUUGGACUUUUUUUGCUGACUGAUUAAAUGUUGUCUUUGUCAUCAGACUUCAUGCUAAAAGGUGAAGAUUGAGGAUGCAACGCACAACAGUUCAAAUGUUUGGAUUGUCGGCCCUCAAGGACAUCAGCAUUUUCAUAACGCAGGCGACUGUCGCUGUCUUUUUUUUAGUUCAAUCUGAAGCACACUAUUGCAAUAAGCAGAAUAAACACUCUUAAGUGAA